AUGUCCUCGAAUUCUAAUUCAUCUGGAAAACUUCUUCUCCACAUUGAAUUAUCACCUACCGAUCAAGCAAAUACGCUCCACUCCAAAAUCAUUGAAAUCGGAGGGAAAAAAGCAAAACAAGUAACAUUUAGUGAUAUCCUCCUCCAAUUACAAGAUGAGCUCCAAAUGGUCUUCCCACAAAAUUCAUGUUUUGUGAUGACCACCACAUGCAUCACUCCUGAAAUGAUUGUUGGUUCUGAUUCUGCAAAUCAUUCCACAUCAACCAUGUCACAUUCCUCGACUGGAAGUAACAACAGUGGUGGUGGUGGCGGAGGAGGAGGAGGAGGAUCUAAUGGUGGUCAUAAUCGAAUGACCUCCUUUGGAUCAGGUCUCGUCAACAUGAUGUAUAGUAGUGUUUUAUCAAAAAAGAGAAAAAGCGUUCCUGGAAGUUUCUAUUAUCAACAAGGUGAUUUUGCCAUGAUUGACAGAAAGAACACCAACGAAUCUUCAAUGACAUCUGCACAAGAUCAAUCUUGUGAUUUGGGAGAUGUUGAAAUGAGAAGAGAAUUUAUCAAAAUGAAAUCUGCAGUUCUCUCAUUGAAAGAAUAUGCUCAUAAUUUUCACAUUCUCUCUAGUGAUGCACAAGCACCUGUUCAUGAUACCUUGUAUUUGGAAUUGUUUCCAAAUUGUGCACCUACAAAGACAAAAGUCUAUGGAAAUUAUUUGCAAACCAUUUGUAAGAAUGAGACAUUGUUUAAUUUUCACUUUUUAAUGAAACACUUGAAAUCAAAUGCUUUAAAUAGUAAUUGGAUUGUUUCUGAGCUAGAGUCUGGUAAAAAGGUUCAACUGACGACAUUGAUGAGUCCUCUCACCAUUCGUUCACCUCUUUCCAUGAAAACUAUUUCAUCCACAAGUAUCGAUUGGAAUAAUAUUGAAACACUUUAUAGCUCUCUCACUGAAGAAGAACAAUUUCAUGUCAAAGAACCAGCUCUCUUUCUGUUGAAAGAAGUUAAAAUUCCAUAUGUGUUGAGAGCUUGUUUUAACUUUCUUAGAACUUCACCAAGUGAAUCAGAUCCACCAAGAUUGUGUUUUGAAGGAAUUUUCAGAAUGGCUGGAUCCAAAGUGAAAAUUGAAAAGUUUGUCAAGAAAUUUAACACCAUGCUUGCAUUUCCUCAUUUAUUUCCAAAUGGUGUUCAAUUUGCUCCUGGAACCGAUGCUCACAUGGUUGCUGAUUUAGUGAAGAGAUUUUUACGUGAAAUGCAAGAUCCUUUAUUGACCUAUGAAAAGUACGACGAUUAUAUUCGUCUCUACGAACCCUAUGUUGAACUUGAUGAAAUUUCUCUCGAAUCUGAUCCAAAUGUUUAUACUCAUGUUUUUGAAGGAACCAAAAGAUUGAUUCAUACAUUGCCACAACCCAAUCAAAGUGUCCUUCGUGAAUUAUUGAGUAUUUUGAAAUUAGCCAGUGUUGGAGAGUUCUCAACUGUGACGAAAAUGACACCCAAAACGAUGGCCAUUGUGAUGGGUACGAAUUUAAUGUUCGUUCCACAAUCAUCGGUUGCAGUCGUAUUGGAUGAUUUUAAGAGAAUGUCCAUUCGAGCUCACUUGCAAAAACAACAACAAACAUUGCCAAUCAUUUGUCAAGUGUGUCGAUUUCUGAUUGAAAAUGUCGAUUCUCUAUUUUCUUCAAGUGGCACUUUGCUGAAUUCAAACUUGAACACAGCUGGUCAUCGAAAAUCCAUGAGUAUUAAUCUUGGAGGUCUCUCUACUGAAGAUGUUAGUUCCUUUUCUGCAUUAUCUGGAAGAAGAUCUGCUCAAUUUACCAAUUCCAUGAUUCAACAAUUGCAAAAUGUCAUUAAGGAAGAAGGUCAAUCAAAUACGGAUGUUCAAGCAGUUGCGAGUCAGGACGACAAUCUUGUUGCCAAUGUGACGAAACAAGAAGCUGCCGAUAAUGCCAUUAAAUUAAUGGAAGAACAAAUGAAAGAAAUUGAAGAGGAUUAUCAACAUCAAUUGCAACUCAUGAGUGGUGAAUUGGAAGAAUUAAGAAAGGAUCUCGCCUUUAAGGAUGAAACGAUCAUGUCUCUUAAAAAGGAAACAUUUACAAACCUUCAAAAGGAAGAUACGAUCAAGAAAUUGAAUGAAACACUAAUGAUCAUUCAAAAAGAAAAGAAUGAAUUAGAAAUUCUUUCAAAUACUCUCAAACAACAAUUAGAAGAGAAAGAAGAACAAAAUAAGGAAUUGACCGAAUUCUGUGAAAGACUAACACUUAAUUUAGAAAACAAAGAAAAAGAAUUGGAAGAAAAGACGAAAACAACAAGUAAUCAUACCUCUCCUCGUGGAGCAACCAUUGAUCUCAGACAACGUCAACAAGAAGAAGAAGAACGAAAAAUUUACAUGGAGAAUCGUCUCGCUCAAUUACUCGCUCAGGAACAAGUCAAAUGGAAGAAUGAAGUUCAAGAAUUGUUGGCUUCUGAAAAAGAGAAAUGGAUGAAAGCAGCAGAGCAAGAAAAGUCUGCUCUCAUUUCACUUCAUGAAACACAACGUGACGAGUUGGAGAAAUCACACACUCAACAAAUCGAAGAACUCAAAAAAGAAUAUGAACACAAAUUGUCAUCUCUAAAGAAAGAAAAUGAACACUCAGAAAAUACUCUUCGAUUGGAAUUCCAAAAACAAAUCAAACAAGAAAGGAAGAACAUUCAAGAAGAAUUACAAGAAACUCUUUCGAAACAACGAGCACAAAUAGAACAAGAUGAACUUGUGCCACUUCAACAACAAAUUGAUUCACUCAAUGAGGAGUUAAUGAUCAAAACAAAACAAUUCUAUCAUCAAGCAUUGUUGAACAUGAAAUUAAUAUUGACAGAUCGAAAUUUUGACAUUCCUAAUCUCGUUGAACAAGCCAUGAAUGAAAAAGUUCCUGAAAAGAAUAUGAAUGAGUGGAUUUCAAAGAAAUUGAACAUGACGAAAUAA